AUGACACAAACACAAUCUUCCAACGGUUCAGAAACGCUUCAUCUUCCCCGCAUUCUUUGUCUCCACGGCGGCGGUGUCAAUGCAGAAGUCUUUGAGCUACAAUGCCGCGUUCUCAUCGCCCACCUCAGAUCCUCUCUCCGCCUCGUUUUUAUGCAAGCGCCCUUUAUCUCAGCUCCUCAUCCCGACAUCGUCAGCGUAUACGGUGAAUACGGGCCUUUUCGACGCUGGCUCCGAUGGCAACCCGACCACGAGGCGAUCGAGCCCGAGGCUGCUGCCGAGUUAAUUCGGAACCAGACCCGCCGAGCUAUGGACAACGAUCCCGGGACCGGAGAGUGGGUCGGCAUUCUUGGUUUCUCCCAAGGUGCCAAAAUCGCAGCGAGUUUGUUAUGGACGCAGCAGAAGAUCACGGAGCAGUUUGGGGCGGAUGAGAGCUUGACUCGGUUUAAGUUUGGCGUACUCAUGGCCGGAAGAGCACCUCUGAUCACACUUGACCAUCGCCUGCAGCAGCCACCACCAAUUGUCGAUGCGGCAAUGUUGAGUUCGGAGUUUAAAGACUGGCCCGAGUCGAACAAGGGUGACCAUGUCUUGAGUAUACCAACACUACACGUCCAUGGACUUCGGGAUGGAGGAAUGGAGCAGCAUAGGAUCCUUUUGAACAACUACUGCGAAACUGGCACAACCACUCUGGUCGAAUGGGAUGGCGGGCAUCGAAUACCGAUCAAGAGUCACGACGUGGGGGCUGUAACAAACGAGAUCUUGAGGCUAGCCAAAGAGGCUGGAGUACAGCUACCGAACUGA